ACUCUUUCCACAUGCACGUUGUGUUUGCGCAUGCGCAGUACAGCUGUCGUCGCCAUCUUGUUUGUUAUGCUCGGCUCUUCGUAGCGAACAACGAGAAAAACACGCUGUUUUGCUGAUAGUUGCCGAUCGUUUCAGUCGCGGUCCAUCGCCUUCAGUCCUGGCAUCUGUCCAACGUCCGCCAUGGAUGAUAUAGACGAGGGGAUUGGCUCAAACGAUAGCUCGACAGGCUGUGUUGCUAUGACAAACAUCUUGCAAGAUCUCAAACAUAUAAAUGGCCAAACUGUUUUAAAAGAUCAUAAUGGAGGUGAUAUAUGCGAGAGAGAUUUUGAGAAAAAUGGUACUGAAAUCGGAGGGGAUGACGGUGGCAGUGUCAAACACGAAAUGAAUGGCAUUGUUAAAGAAGGAGAAUAUAGUAUUGAAAAUGAUGACAUUAAAGGUAUUGAAGACUAUGUAGAUAAUAUCAAUGAAAACAGCGAAGAGAAGGGCAUGGUCAUGGGAAAAGAAAAAGAGAAAAAUGAUCAGGACGAAAAUGACACUGAAAAAGAAGCAGAAAUGAAAUACAAUCAGUCACCCCCUUCUAAUGACUCAGCUGCUGCUGAUUUAGCAACUAACAUAGAAGAUGACAUUGAAGAAAAUGAUGAUAGUUUAACUAAAUCACCUGAAAAUAAUGGCCUCACUAUUGAAAAAUCUGAACAAAAGUUGUACACUGGUGAUGAAAGUAAAGCUGAUAUUCAUGAACUGAUAGGUCAUUCUUCUGGGGACUGUGAUCAAAAGAAGUGCAGCAAUGACAGUAGUGAUGAACCUAGUGAAACUAAAGAAAACUUAACAGAUGAUAAAGAUAAUGAAGACACUGAAUUAAGAAAAGAAAAUGAAUGUUCACCAUCAAAGUCAAAUGUAUCAGAAGCAGAUGAUGGGCACAAAUCACCAUUUGUAUUAAAUGAGGGCGUAAGAAACUCUUUAAAAGGUCUAGUUGCAAAAGUGAAGUCAUUUGAAAAAUUGAAAGAUAAUUCUAACAUAGAGAUGGAAAAGAAGUCUAAGAUUGAUGAAGUGGACAAUGCAGAUUUGAUAACUGAAUCACAGCCAACAUUGGAAACUGUUUCACAAGAUUCAAAUGCUGAGAAUGAAGAUGAUCUCUUAAAGGAUGAUGAAGAAGGAAUAAGUAUGGAGAUAGCAUCUGAUGAUGACCUACUUCUAGUUCUUUCACCUGAUGAAAAAAACAGCAGUAAAGAGGAUAGACAGUCUGAUAAUGUGGAAACCAAAAACACACUUGAAGAAGAAAACAAUCAAACAUCACAAGAAAUUGAUCAGAAAGUCCAAUCAGGCGAUGAUGUCAAUGAUGUGAUAAAUAUAUCAGAUUCUGCAAUAGUUGAUACAUUGGAAUCAGAUGUAAAAAAGAAUGAAAAUAUCAACAAAAUAGGAGGAGAUAAGAAUGUCACAUCAGCUGAAACAUCAGAGGUUCUGAAAAACAAUGAGAAUAAAAUGGAGGAGGAAAUGGAAACUGAUGAAACAGAAAAUGUGAAAGAAUUUGAUCACGGUACAGAAGAAAUGGCAAUUGAUCAUGAACAAACUAACUGUACACAAGAAAAUGGGCUUAAUCAGGAGAAUGAAGAUAGUUUAGAUGAUGUUCAGAUAAUUGAAGAUGAUCCUGACACAACUGAUCAAACCAAGACAACAUUUGAGAAACCAGAAGAUGAUAAGUCUAAAGAAAUUCAGGAAGUGACAAGUGACAUGGAAAAAGAAAUAAGUAAAAACCAUGCUGUAAGUACUGAAAAUAAUGAAGAACAGCGCAGUGGUAUAGAGAAUAAUAAAGUACAGUUACAAGAAGAAGCAGAUGAUGACAUUAUUUUUGAAGGUGAAAGUAAAGAAAGAGUAUUAGAAAGCAAAAUAACAACACAGGCCUCAAUUGAUAAAGAUUCAAACAUUGAGGAAAAGCCAAAUGAAACUUGUGAUAAAGUUGUAGAAGACUCUGUAGGAAAAGAGAUUGAUACAAAAACCAAUGAGGGUGCUAUUCCAGAGAUUAAGUCUGAAAAAGAUAAUGUCAGUAAUAAUGUUGAAGAGGACGAUGAAGAUGAUGAUGUUAUUUUUGAAAAAGAAGUUAAGCCAGAUACCAGUCAUAAAUCUUUUUCUAUCUCUUCAGACAAGUCUAGUCAGGAAUGUGACAAUUCAUCUCAGACUACAGAAAAAGAGAGUAAAGGUGUUGUGAAUAACCACAAAAAGGACACCUUAGAAAGUGAUACAAUGUGCAAUAAUUCUAAAGACUCAAACGAUAGGAAAAGACCUUUAAGUUUCCCGGAACAAACGGAACAUUCACCAAAGAGAUCUAAAUUGGAUAACUCACCAAAAAAGAAGCGAUUUGACUUAAAUGGAUUGAUAAAUAAAUUGGGGUCUCGGGCUGAACCAGUAGAGGUUGUUGAUUCAGACAACGAAGAAACUGACACUGCUCCAGAGAUGGAUGAAUGUGAUAAAGAAAAGCCAAAGGAUAAAUACAUCACCAUCUCUGAAAAGGAGUUGGAUGCCUUAGUAAGGGAGAAGGUGAAGGUGUACAUGACGUCCCGACAAGACGUGCUUGUGACGAAACUCAGUGCCAAAGUCAAGGAGCUUCAAACAAACAACGACCUCUGGAAGCGACAGGUCAAGGACUUACAGAUCAAGGUUAAUGAUGUAACCAUUCUUCAGCAGAAACAGGAGAAAAGGAAAGCUGCGACAGCGGCACACAGGAAUAUUACAACGCGCAAUGUGGCAGUCCAAGUUGAGGAUGGCAAGAAAUUGUCUGGAUUGCCCCAAUGUGUUAGUGAAGCGAGUGGUAGUGAUUGUUUGACGUCAAGCGGGCGAGCAUUGAAGCCAACCUCAUUGCCAGCUAACACCACAUACAUCCAGAUUCAGCAGGCUCCCCCUGGCAGUGCGCCAGGAACGGGAACCAUCCGUCUGCCUAUCCCAUCCUCUAUGGCCAAACAAGGAACUACUCUAGUCCCACAGCAAAUGGUGGUUUCUGGUAACAUAAACACUCCAAAUGUGAAGACCCUUCUCGACACAACCCGGAUCCAGCGAACUGUCGGCUCCAUGCCACUUACUACAACGAGUACGGCUGCAACACCCCUUAUAGUGCAAUAUCCCCCCGGCUUCAUUCCAACCUCCUCGGGCGGACAAACAUUUGUUACCAUUCCAACUCAGUCUCUCACACCAUCACAACCACAGACACACGUUCUGAAUAAUGUCUCACCUUCCCAACAGCCACAGAAACCCUCACCAGCUAAAAUGUCCCCGUCGUCGAAAGUUAUUGAUCUCACGGAUGACGAUGAUAUUUCAAAAACACGACUUAUGAGUGUUCCAAAAAGUAACAGUUUAACUGUUCCUGUAAACAAUACUGGUGUGCGACAGGUGCUUACGCCUCAGGUUUCCAUGGGGACACAAUUUCUUUCACAAGGACUAGGGUCUCCACCUACGUACCAGUUAGUAAUGACAUCUCCUCCGGGAACAAGACCAGGCAUGGUGACGGCAGCCCCUGCAAUAGGCAGCAAUCAGCUUGUUACAUUUCAAGCAAGUCCUGUAACUCCAGGAACAGUUAUGGCACGUGCAGCGGCAUCCGCUACACCAAUGGUCAUCCAAGCUCCACAACCUAAGCCCGAGCCCAAGGUUCAUCCAGCACCGUUCCCAAUGUUACCCGCCAACCAACCGACUGCGGGGUUCAAGAGAGCACCUCCAAAACCUAUACUCAGGAUCUCCAGGGGAAACCAGGGUAUUGUCUUGUCAUGGAAUAUGGCGAUGAUGCCAGACAUGGCUAUAAUUGCUAGCUAUCAACUGUGGGCUUACCAAGAAACAUCUGCGGCCCCAGCACCUACAUUGUGGAAAAAGGUUGGUGAAGUUAAAGCCCUGCCACUGCCAAUGGCCUGUACACUGACCCAGUUUCAGGUUGGGAACAAGUACCACUUUGCUGUUCGCGCUCUCGAUGUGCAUGACCGAGUCGGCAAUUUUAGCGAUCCAGGCUCCAUCCAUCUAACUGCUGUUGUGUCUGUAACAAAAUAAGCAUUUUUCUCGUCUGAACUUACCACGCAAUGUCUGUGAUGAUUUUGGCUAUUUAUACAUGUAUUUAAUCAUGAUCAUGGCCUCUUACAUGAUAAAUGAGUGUCAUUAUGGGAAUAAUUCAAAUCUAGUAGUGAACUAUUGUUUUGUCUUUUGCAAUCUAUAACCAUUGCAAGAGCUUUUACCUUUGUGUUCAAUUAAGCAUUCUUUAGGAUCACACAAGCUUAAACAGUGUCUGUCAUGCAGAAAGUGUGUAAGCAAAACACUUAACAAACCUUUUUGACAGGGAGAAUACCAGUCGUUUUGCAUUUAAGGCUCUUCUUUAAAUGUCCACAUAUGAGGUUACAGUGUAUUACGAAAUCUGUGUUCUUUAGACAUUUUCAUAGUUAUCACAUUAGGGGCCAUCAUUAUUUUAGUGAUUAUUUUUCAAGCUCAAGGUAUUAUGAAAUUUGAAGGCUUAGCAUAAGACUGUUUUUACCCUGUCUAUUUUUAUGUUGAGUAGCAAAGGUUUUGCACUAAGCCCGCAAAUUGUUUUCAGUUUUAUCACCCAUGUAAAAGACAUUGUAUGUAUAUGUUUGAAAGGUAACUUAUUUAUUAUUCAUUAUUCAUUUCUUAAAUAUUCUUUUACAUUAUUCAACUUUCAUAUCUACAUAAUUCAUAAUCAUUUUAUCAUACAUGUUUGCUAUGGGCAGCAAAAUUGAUUGCAAUGAUAUUUUGUAAGCAGUAUCAUUACAUCAAUAAAUGUUCACAUUUGCUAGUAAAAUAGAUGUUCUAUGUUAGAACACAAUUAUGGGAUGCUUGAUUCCUUGGUAUAACAGUCUUAUUUCAUUGGUUUUUAAUUGAUAUUGCCACACAAGUUGUUACUAAGGCUCUGAAUGCAUGUAAUGAAUUAGACAUGUUAUUCAUGGUUAAGAAGGAUCAUGCGAUAAUUUUGGCUUGCAACAGAAUAUAGAUAUCUUCGAUAUGGAUAGAUACCGAACUUUGAAUCUAGAGAUAAUUAAGUAAAACAUUAUCGUCCAAAUGCAUGUAUUUCAUUUGAUGUUUCCUCUUUAUAAUUCUGUGUGAAAAAAAUACUUAUAUUUCAGUACAAUUGACAAUCUUUCAUCACAAUUAAAAGUUUCACAAUAUUACAUCAUAAUGUGAAAUCUAUAAGUACACAAUAGGUUAGUCUGACAAAUAUUUAAAUGACUGUUCUAUGACAAAUUAGAAUCCCAGAACUCAUUAUUUAGUUAUGAUGGAAUGUAGAACUUAUCAUUGAUGAUUGAUCAGAAAUGGGAGCGUUCAAUUUUACAUUACUGUACUUUUUUAAAAUUUGUUUUUUUGCUGGAUGGUUGCAUAAGAAGUGGAAAGAAAUGUCUUGAAAAGUUUUUUAAGGGAUUUCAAAACACUUAAACAACAUGAUUCUAAGCCCCUUAACCUUGCUUUGGGCCCAAAUCCCUCGUACCUCAACCCAAUUAUCAGGAUUGGUAUUUUAGGUCUGUACUUAUCCCUGUCUAAAUAAUGAGCUGACAUCAGGUUUCCUCUAUACAUACUUGAAAGGUGAUUUCAUGUAAUCAAUAAUGUGUUUAUUCAAUAUAUAACCUUGGGCUCAGUUUGAAAAGGACAGAGACUCAUACAAGGAAGUAAUGAUCAGAUUUCAGAAAAUAGAAUAUCCUGCACAGGUACUCAAUAAAGCAAUGGGUUAUGCCUUAGUUUUUGCCAAAGAAGAUCAUUAUGUAACUUGAAGGAAUGUCAGUACUGGUUUUAACCAAACAUUUCAAACCCUGAUUUAAAAGAUUAGCCAAUGGUGAGAUACAAUUCAGGGGUGGUCAUGUUAGUAGGAUUGAGGGCUGUAGUUAGAACUUAUUCAUUUAACACUGAUUGUGAAGAAAGUUAUAUUAACUUAAGUCACUGUAGUUGGCAUAAGUAUGAUGUUGCAUGGUGUUGUGGGGGAGCCAAAGGAAAUCAACUUGUCCUGCUUGGUGACCAAAAAAGUCACAUGCAUCCUGGCUGGGAAUAAAACCAGGGUUGCCGUGGUGCACUCACCUGAUAAACCUGGAAAUGAGAGUUUCUGUUUGCAGAUUGCUUUGAACUUGUAAGGUUUGUGUUUGGGCUAGAUAUUUGCAUUAGAAAUAGCCAGAACGACCUUAAAAUGGAUAUAAAUGGCUUUAAAAACCAUGUCAACAGGGUCUUGGCCCCCUUUCCUUGCUUGUUGCCUGAAUCUCUGAUAGACUUAAGUAAGUUUUCAGGCUGGGGUUUUAUGUCCGUUUUCAUCCUGAUUACAUCAAGUGGUAUUCAAACAUGAUUUGGUUCUUUCUUUAUAGCCAUUCUAAGCUGUAAAACACAACAUUAAAAAUGAAAAAUUAAUAAUCUAAACAUACGACUUCCAAUUCUGACAUCUAAUUGGGAGGGGUGAAGGCAAACAUAAUGAUGAAGCGAAUAGAGCCAUUUAUUAAAAAAAUAUUUUUCUGUUCCAGAUAUACUUGCAUAUAAUUCUAACUUACAACCAGUAAAAACAUACAAGUAAAAAGUGUAAAAAGGUAAAGUUGAAAUGCAUGCAUAAGCUUGUUUUAUUGUUUUAAGUGUAUGACGGUAGGACAUGAUUGUAUGAUUGUUUUGUUUUAAUAUUAUAUGUAUAUAAGAAUUAUAUAGUUGUUGUAAUUGUAAUUAUUUUACUGUGUUCAUGUUACACAGAAUCAUGAAAAUGUGUCUACAAUGCAAUUCAGGAGGACAUUAAUGUCUGAAGAGAUCCUUCAAAAAUUUAAACGAAAGGGGGUUUAACAAUAGCCAUGUCCUCAUGUAUGUUGUAGCUUAAUUCGUAUUAUACUUAAGAAAUAAAUUUCUAAGAUUUUUA